AUGACAAAUAUAAUAUCUAAUAAUAAUAAUGAAAAUUUAUUAAUUAAUGAACAACAACAACAACAACAAUUAUUAUUAUCACCAUCUAGUCCACUUACACCUAUAUCAUCAAAAAUUUCUGAACAACAACAACAACAACAAUCUAUUGAAGAUUUAUUAUCACCAAAUAAUAAUAAUAUUAUUAAUUCCGGUGUUAUGGAACAAAUACCUGUUCUACCUAAGGAACGUGAUGUUUAUGAAGUUAUUCAUUGUUUAUGUAAUUGUCAAAUUGAUAAUGGUUUUAUGAUUCAAUGUGAAGCAUGUUUAUGUUGGUCUCAUUGUGAAUGUGUUGGUGUAACAGCAACUUGCAUUCCAGCAUUUUUUAAAUGUAAUGUUUGCAUAAAAGCUGAAGCUGAACGUUCACCACAAUGGUCUUUUUCAUCAAUAUUAGAUGAUGAAAUAACAUCAUUAUUUUUAAAUACAACAAAUAAUUCAGAAAAAAUUUCUCUUUUUUUAUCAUAUUCUCGACGUUUAUGGAAUUUAAGAGAACAAAUUAUUGAAUUAAAAUUACGUCAUACACCAAUAUUAAGAUCUUUACAACAUGCAUUAAGAUGUGAUGAUUUAAUUGAACUUUUUCAAUGUGCCAAUAUAAAGUCAGAUCAAUUAAUGGCUAAAAUAGAAGAGAGAAAAAAAAAUCGAAAAUAUUUUGAAUGUAUUGCUCAAUCAAUUAAUCAUAUCGUUGAUAGUGUAUGUUCAUCUAUAUCGACUUCAUCAUGUUUAUCUAUUGAAUUAACAACAAAAAAUGAAACAAAAAUAAAUUCAUUUAAUGAUCAAAUGAAUAUUUUAAUAUCUCAUUUAUCGGAUGAUGAUGAUACUCGACAAGUUCGUUUAUUGAUUCAAAAUCGUUAUGAACAAUUAAUGUCUAUUGUUGACAAUAAAAUUCAAACAAUUCUACUUGAACAUCAAACUAUUCAAACUCAAAUGGCAUUUGAACUUGGUAUAAUGCCAAAUAAUUUAUCAGAUGAUUAUUUAUCUUAUGAUACACAUGAAUUAGCAUUGAGAACAGCUAUUGAUCGACUAAAAUGUUGA